AUCAGGACGCCCGGCGGCGCCUCCGCCAUGGGCGAGGACGAAAGUUCGAGCAGAAGAGCUCUUUUGAACUUUGUACAAGAGUUGAACCAAACAUGUUUAGAGAUCCAAGAAAGCACUUCUCAGGCGAUCAAAGAGCAGAAAAGGUGGAAUGAGACUGCCACGAAGGAAUUCAACGAGCUGAUGGAGCGUAUGAAGAAUCCCGUGUCGAAAGUCAAGAAUGCAAGAAGAACCCGAAGUUCGGUCCAGGACGUCAAAGUCGAUGAAGACGAGCCAGUGAACGAGCCGAUCGACGACUCUUUGUUGCAUGCGAGCAAUUCAGAUAUCGCAAUCAAAUCCUUCAAUAGUUCGGGUUUUUGCCUUGCUUUCAUGACUCUUCAUUUUUGAAAUAUUUUGCAGAAAAACAACAAUCUGCUGUAGCAAAUGAGAAUGCUGAGAUACGGGGGAUGUCAUACGAGGAUGUUUUUGCAUCACACAAGGCUGUCUUAUCAGAUGAGACUUUAGUUAACGGUGCUCUUCUUGUUGUUGUCGAUAUGUGAUCAUAAUCUGGCUCAAUCUUCUUUCAAAGCGCUAGGCUCUCGCAUUUCCUGUUUGGCUUAGUUUACUGUGUUCCCCAUCCUAUUUUUUCCCUUGCGAACACUCUUUUUGUUGCUUUUUGAUGUCUCACUCUCUUCCUUACUCACUCAAUCACUCACGUCCAUGACCUCUUGCUUGAAUCAUGAUGUAUCUUGAUCACCUGUUUCACUCACUUCGCUUGCUCAAACUGUGUUUCAUUUUUGCUUUCUGUUUAUCUAUGCUUACCCUCUGCCAGCUAUAUUUUUUCAUAUCGUGUCCCGCCAUCAUCGUUUUCUUUUCCCCUUUGUCGUGCUGUUCAUGGAAUGACAGUCAUGUAACAACGUAGUGAUCACAAUUCCACGUUUAUCUGGACGUGUUUCAUCUCAGCGUCAUUACUCCAUCUAAUGUAAAGCCUCUCAGCACUCUGCCGCUUUCAGCAUCUGGAAACAUCGUUUGAAGACACCGUGGAUAUCCUUCUUGAUAGUGCUGUUGGAAUUGAAUUGAUCGCGUGUGUCGAAAAAAUACCUCAUGGAGAGGAAAUUUUGAAACAACGGCUUGUCGGUCUCAUUUCAGGACAACUGAAAGAAUAAAUGAUCAAAUC